AUGGUUGAAUGGUUAAAAUAUCAAGACUCAUAUAAUCUACACGUACCAAUUCAUCGACGUUUCAGGAGAAUAAAUUACGAUAUAUCAAAUAUAGAUUGUUUAUGGGAAGCAGAUUUAGUUGAUUUAAAACAUUUAAAAGAUGCCGAUGAUGGAUACCAGCAUCUACUGGUGAUCCUUGACGUGCUGAGUAAAUACGUUUGGGUUGAGCCUCUUAAAGAUAAAUCUGCGAAUGAAGUUAGAAGGGCAUUUGAAGUUAUUCUCGAUCAAAAUGAAAAGCGUUCUCCUGCCUGUCUACACAGCGAUAGAGGAAAAGAAUUUCUCGGUGCAGUAUUUCAAAAUUUUUUAUCGACACGGGGUAUAAGAUUUCGCCCUGUACGUGAUCCAAAUGUUAAGGCUGCUGUAGCUGAACGAUAUCAUCGUACACUAAAAGAACAUAUAUGGCGCUACUUUACACAUAGUAAUAUUCAUCGUUACAUUAAUGUUUUACAACAGAUUUUACAAGGCUAUAAUAAUUCACGACAUUCUAGUAUAAGAAUACGACCAUCAGAGGUGACUUUGGAAAAUGCAGCACACGCCCGAUUAAAUAGUCAAAGAAAGUAUGGAAGAAGAGCUUUGCAUGGUAAAAAGCCUAAAUAUAAGGUCACUGAUAACGUACGGAUCAGUCGAGAGUAA